CAUCUAACAAUAAUUUCUUCCUGAAUCAUCAAGAGCUACCACCAGUCCACCACAACACAAAACCAAAGAAACAACCACGAUUUAGGAUGAGAACCAAUAAUCACAACAAUGAAGAAUCUAAUGACAAUCACUAUGUGAUAGAUAUCUGCAAAGUAGACAACGAAAGAUUAGCUUCACUGCAACACAAAAUUUCAGAAAACCCAAAAUUACUAAGUAAAUCCGCAGGAAAAAUAUCUUGUUGCAUCUUCAAGGUACCACAAACCUUCGUUGAAGCAAACGUUAAAGCAUACCACCCUCGUAUAGUUUCCAUAGGACCUUACCAUCGUGGACAACCUCGUCUCAACAUGAUCGAAGAACAUAAAUAUCUAUAUCUUGGUUCUCUUCUAACAAGAACACAAUUACCCUUAGAAGAGGUUUUGAAAGCCAUUUCACUAUUAGAAAACGAAGCCAGAGAGUGUUACUCUGAAACCAUUCAACUUGAUUCACACGAAUUCGUUGAAAUGAUGGUACUUGAUGGUUGUUUCAUCAUUGAACUUUUUCGCAAAGUUGCAAGGUUAGUGCCUUUUGAAGUUGAUGAUCCACUUGUUAACAUGGCAUGGAUUUUACCAUUUUUUUAUAGAGAUUUUCUUAAACUUGAAAAUCAAAUACCAUUCUUUGUUCUUCAACGCUUGUUCGAAAUUUCAAAACCACCAAAUGAAAAUUCAACGGUAACACUUUCUUAUCUUGCUAUGGAGUUCUUCAACAACUCGCUACAAAGACCAGAAGAAGAAGUUAUCAUGAUGAUAACAAAGCAAAAUGAAUCAAAGCAUUUACUUGAUUUGGUUCGUUCGAGUUUUAUUCCGAUUAGCAUAAAAGAAAAAGAACUCAAAAGAGUUACCACACCGACGCACAUAAUUCAUUGUGUAACAAAGCUUCGUCGCAGUGGGAUUAAGAUAAAUCCAGGGAAGAGCAACGAAAGAGAGAGUUUCUUGAAUGUGAAGUUCAAACACGGCGUGAUUGAAAUGCCAACAAUAACAAUGGAUGAUUUCAUGAGUUCAUUUUUGUUUAAUUGUGUUGCUUUUGAACAAUGUUACAGUGGUUGUACUAGUUCUAUGCAGCUAUAUUUUACAACCUAUGUAACAUUAUUGGAUUGUUUGAUAAAUACUUAUAGGGAUGUUGAGUAUUUAUGUGAAAGGAACAUAGUUGAGAAUCAUUUUGGGACAGAAGGUGAAAUGGCACAUUUGAUUAAUAAUGCUGGAAAAGAUGUUGCGGUUGAUUUGGAUAUGUGUUAUUUGUCUGGUUUGUUUGAUGAGGUUCAUCAAUAUUAUGGAAAUAGUUGGCAUGUGCAAUGGGCUAGUUUUAAGUAUACUUAUUUUGAUACUCCUUGGUCGUUUAUCUCUGCUUUGGCUGCAUUGGUCUUACUGGUUCUCACAGUUGGUCAGACAUAUUUUGCAGCUUAUCAGUAUUUUGAUGCCUAAAAUACUUUGAUUAGAGGAUGUGUUAUGAGUUUUGUAUCAUGUAACCCAAAUUAUUCGAGUAAUUAGAGAUUUAUUGAUUUUAUUUAUUACAAGUUCAAAGAGUGAUUACUCUGUUUUAUUCUGAUGGCAUGAGUUUUCUCACCAGAACUGUUUUGGAUCUCAAAGUUCUUGAUUUAUGUUAUAAGUAGUUUGUAGAGUACUUCAAAAAAA